AUGUCGAAGUGGGAGGCUACUAUAACCACAAGGAAGAAACUGGAAAACAAGAGGAUACCGCCGAGCCAGCUUCGGACGACCGGGAGGUCGGAUGAGAAGAGCGAACAGGCAAAGGACGGGGCCUACCCAGCUGACCACAUCGCAGUAGGGGAUUCCCGCGACUACAGGCUUGCGGAAUGGAAGUUCGUUACCACGUGGGGAGAUCCGGAGAUGCGGUCGUUGAGGGAAUGGGCGUAUCAGGGGACCAGGGAGUACUUGGUGCUGGAGCCCUACCAUCUUGGAUGGGAGGAGUAUCGGGAUUCCAUUAAGAAGACGAUGGGAGAUGAGUUCAGGACAGACCUGGUCAUGCGAAUCCCCAACUAUGAUAGGCCUGUGCCGGUCGGCACCUCGGUCGACUGGAACAAGGCCAUGGUGGACCUUGUCAUCCAUUACACCAAAUCGGAACAGUCGUGGUGCCGGGCGCGGACACCAUUGGUGGUGGUGUGCACGAGAGCAGAGUAUAAGGUCCUUGUCGAGCAGGGCUGGAUGGCCGUGCAGACGAGGUUUGAGAAAGCAUCAUCACGUAACAGUGCUGCCAGGACCGACAAUGCUGCCGAGAUGAAGGCGAAUGAGACGCAGCAGGAGCUGUUGGCAGAGGUGGACGUGGACGAGGGUGAGGCGGGGAUGCUGCAGGACGUUGAUAUGACGGCUGGACCCGGGCAGGUGCCUGGUGAAGGCAUCACAGAUGAGAUUACCGGGGGUUCCGGUGAUCCAGUCGUGGUAGGCAAGGACGAGGGCCAAGCAUAG